UUCCUCGGGCAGAGCAUGCAAUCAGUUCACAGGGAGCAGUCGCAGCCACAGGAAAGAUGCAGAAGCACAAUCAGAAGGAGCACCUCUACAAGCUGCUGGUGAUCGGGGACCUGGGAGUGGGCAAGACCAGCAUCAUCAAACGUUAUGUCCACCAGAACUUCUCCCCACACUACCGGGCCACCAUCGGGGUGGACUUUGCCUUGAAGGUGCUGAGCUGGGAUGCUGAGACUGUCGUGCGGCUGCAGCUCUGGGAUAUUGCUGGCCAGGAAAGAUUUGGAAACAUGACCAGGGUAUAUUACAGAGAGGCCAUGGGUGCAUUUAUUGUCUUUGAUGUUACGAGACCUGCAACAUUUGAAGCAGUGACAAAAUGGAAAGAGGAUUUGGACUCUAAGUUGGUUCUUCCAAAUGGCAAACCUGUGCCAACAGUCCUCUUAGCAAACAAAUGUGACCAGGGAAUAGAUGUUCUUAUCAACAACGGUAUCAAGAUGGAUCAGUUUUGCAAAGAGAAUGGAUUCGUGGGCUGGUUUGAAACAUCAGCAAAGGAAAAUAUAAACAUCAAUGAAGCUUCCAGAUGCUUGGUGAAACAUAUAAUUGCUAGUGAGAGCGAUCCAGUUCAGUCUAUUGAACCAGAUAUUAUAAAACCACACUUGAAUUCCUCCAAGAUUGUCAGUUGUUCAGCUUGUUUUAAAUCUUAAGAGACUUCCAGACCAUAACAAGAGCUUAACAACUGUGAUUCAUACGUUAUCUGACGUACCCAGCCUGCCCAGAUUAUCCAUUUUAUUAAAAAAAGUAUUUAAAUUUUUCCAUAACUUUUUAACAGAUGAAAUUUAUUACAAGAGGUUCAUUGACAGCAACUAUUCAAAAUUGUCUUCUGUUACUGUUCAGAUACAGCUUACAAUGAUGGCUGUGUUUUCUCAGUUGGGUAGCACUACCAGAGAUAUCAAAACCUAUUUCUUUGCAAUAUGGAUUCUGAAAGCUUCUCUUUGUGAUCUGAUUGCAGCAAUACCCUACUUGUCCAUUGGUCCUGCAGCCAUCUUUCUCAAUACUUUAACCAAGCAGCCAUUAUCAUUACACUGUUUUGUCACCCCUCAAACUUCAUUGAUCUUGUUUCAUAUGAGGAAGAUAAUGAUGACAAUGAAUAUAUAGCUGUUCAGAAAGAGCCUUCACAGUGAAAUCUUCCCGUUGCAAGUUCAGCCUCCUGGAUGAAGUGGAAAGUCUGAACAUGGAACAACCUUUCAGUUAUGCAGUCGAUUCACUUCUCCAGGAGAUGUCAACUUCCGAGACAAAACUCUGAUAUAAGAAUUGACUCUUUGUUUCUGAAGAGUUACAUUCUCAUAGUUGUUAGCAUUGUCUCCAAAUGAAGCCAUAUGAACAAGCCAAGUGUGAGAAGUGACAAAACAGGGAAGCAGAGAUAGUCUCACAGGUGAGGCAGGUGACAGUUUUCAGAAAGGUUAUCUAUUCUAUAAAGCCAGUAUUUCUUCUGAAAAGCACUCAUUGAUUUCUUUCCCUUCUUUCCAUCCUUCAUGUCACAGACAUCCCUGUGUAUUUAAACAGUGGAUUCUAUAAGCCCUUGCAUGCAUUCCUCCAUUAUGUUGAUUCUCAUGGGUGAAUUCACUAUUCACAUUAUAAUGCAAACAGCUGAAUUUUUCAGGGGUGCAUCUGUGUUGAAUGGCAGGUUGUUUGCUUUCUGGGAGUAUUUUUCUAAAAAACACAAUGUAUAAAUGAUCAUACAAGGGAAAAUGAAACAGUUCUAAGAAAUACUUCCACAAUAUGUGCAGAAUUUAUUGAGCUGUACUGUGGAAAUUAAACAGUUGAUUUUCAGAGUCUCACUAAAUAUGCAGUUUGGUGGAUCCAUUGAGACAGGUAUAUCUAGACAAGAAGUCUUGACAUCUCACUGCAAGAACCUGCAAGAUAAACUUUGCCUAUCUCCUUCUAUAGAUAAAUCACCUAUAUUUUCUAUUCCUACUCAGCCUUUUCCAUUCUAAACUGUAAUCUCUCAAUGUCUGGAGUUGUCUCCUCAGAUGAGUUUCUGACCUUAGAGAUAUGUAACACUGUGGAGAGGAGGAGGCAGAAUCUCAUGAUGUCUUAUGUUCACAGACAUCGGAGAAAAUUUUCACUGAAUUCUUAGUUGAAAAUGGGGUGAAACUUUCAA